AAAGAGAGAGUGAGCAUCAGAUACAGUUAGUAAAGGCUUGAGGUAAGGAUGCACAGAGGCAUAACAGCCCUCAGAAGACACGUCAUUAAGGAAUUACACACAUGCUCUGCUUCUUGAUGGCGCAUAGUGUAAGCCACAGUGACCUACUCCUCUAGUCAAAGGAUUUUAAACCAAGCAAACAGCCGGCACAAAUGAAAGAGGAAUCUACUCUAACAGAGAUGACAAGCCAGCUCACUCUUACCACAUACAGAGACCUUCUUGCCUGAGAGGUCUUAGAAGUCUCUGCCAUCAUCAGCCUUGAAAUUGGCCAAAUUUCCAACCAUUCUGUGUUAUACAGCACAACUGUAAGCGUGCAAGUAAAUCAGUAGGGAGCUGGGACGGGAGGGGUCAGCCAGUCGGAGGAGAGAGAUGUGGACGCAGGAGCGGUGGGCGGCACUAGCAGUGUUGUCAAUAAUCUUGCUGCUGUCAAAGGUGGUGGCUCCAAUCGAAGUUCCACUGGACCCAAAGAUCCAGGAAGAGCUGAAACAGCCCCCCACCAUUGUGAAGCAGUCACUAAAGGACUACAUUGUGGACCCCAGAGAUAACAUCAUCAUUGAAUGCGAGGCCAAGGGGAAACCAGUGCCAACAUUUCAGUGGCGGCGGAAUGGGAAGUUCUUUAACGUUGGGAAGGACCCGCGGGUGAUCAUGCGGAGUCGUUCCGGAACACUGGAGAUCAGAAGCAGCGGGAAAUCUGAAGAUUAUGAAGGAGAGUACCAGUGCUUCGCUACCAAUAAAUUUGGCACGGCGAUUUCCAACAAAAUCCUACUACGAGUGUCAAAGUCUCCACUUUGGCCGAAGGAGGUUUUGCAGCCUGUGGUUGUGCGUGAGGGGGAACCACUUGUCCUGCCCUGCAACCCUCCUCCUGGUCUCCCACCUCCUGAAACCUUCUGGAUGGACAGCUUCAUUAUGUCCAUACAACAGGACAAGAGGGUGUCGAUGGGCUUGAACGGUGACUUAUUUUUCUCCAAUGUUGUGGCCAAAGAUGCCACCACUGACUACAGCUGCACCGCUCGCUUCGAGUUCACACACACCAUUCAGCAGAAGAACCCCUACACCCUUAAAGUGAUAACAACACGCAAUGUACCAGAAACCCAGCCAACCUUUCUGUCUCCGAAGGGCUUGUCCAGCUCCAAGAUAGUGCUCCGAGGGGAACAGCUUCUUCUGGAGUGUAUAGCAGCUGGAGUCCCAACACCUACCAUUGAUUGGUUUAAAAGAGGAGCAGACCUCCCAUCCAAAAAAGUAAAGAUUGAGAAUUUCAGUAAAACUUUACGUAUCUUCAAUGUGUCCGAGGAGGACUCUGGCGACUACACCUGCAUGGCCAGUAACAAGAUCGGCAGUAUUCGCCAUUCUGUUGAAGUCCAGGUCAAAGCUGCUCCCUAUUGGCUAGAUACGCCCACCAAUCUGGUGCUUGCCCCAGAAGAGAAUGGACGAUUAGUGUGUCGUGCCAGAGGGAACCCUAAACCCACUAUCCAAUGGCUGGUGAAUGGGGAACCUAUAGAAAGUUCGCAGCCAAACCCAAACCGGCAAGUUCUUGGUGACACCAUCCUGUUCCAUUCAGUUCAGAUUGGCAGCAGCGCUGUUUACCAAUGUAACGCCUCCAAUGAGCAUGGUUAUCUUCUGGCCAAUGCUUUUGUCAACAUCCUGGACUUGGCACCACGGAUGCUAGGUCCAAAGAACCAGUUGAUCAAAGUCAUUGAACACAACAGGACCUUCCUUGACUGCCCUUUCUUUGGCUCACCGUUCCCUGUACUGCGCUGGUUUAAGAAUGGCCUUGGCAGUGGUCUGGAUGGUGGUCAGUACAAGCUGUACCACAAUGGUACUUUGGAGAUUAAACAAGCACGGCCAGAAGACCAAGGCACCUACACUUGUGUUGCCAGUAACAUUCUGGGCAAGAUGGAGAAUCAGGUGCGCCUGGAGGUUAAAGAGCCCACAAGAAUAAUGCAGGCACCUGAACAUGUCACACAACCCAAAGGAAGCACAGUUCGCUUUCAUUGUAGAGUUAAACAUGAUCCUUCCCUUCCUGCUACGGUCACAUGGCUGAAAGAUGACACGCCUCUAAGCUUUAGCUGGAUUGGCCGUUUUAGAAAGGAUGAGGAUUCCUUGACUAUUCACAAUGUCAAUCCAGAAGAUGGAGGAACCUACACAUGCACUGCCAAAACUGAGAUAGAUGAGGACUCUGCCUCAGCUCGCCUUACAGUCACAGAGGAUGACAACUCAUCUGCCUCAAAUCGUAGUUCCCCUGCAGGUCGACCCGACCCCCCUCAGGAUCUUGAGCUCUCGGACCCCUCAGCACGUAGUGUUAGACUCACCUGGGUGCCUGGGAAUGAAAACAACAAUCCUGUUACACAUUUCCUUGUCCAGUUUGAAGAGGACAGGUGGGAGCCGGGGAAUUGGCAGAACCUGUCUAUAUUUGAUGGCGACCUAAACUCAGUUAACCUGCAACUCUCACCAUUUGUCAACUACCAGUUCAGAGUGGUUGCGAUCAAUGCUGUUGGCCAGAGUCAACCCAGCCUCCCUUCUGCACGCUAUCAGACCAGCGGAGCCCCUCCUGAUGUUGUGCCGAGUGGUCUUAAAGGCUGGGGAAGCAAGAAGAACAACAUGGAGAUCACAUGGCAGGCACUUAAGAACACAGAAAGGAACGGGCCAAACCUGCGAUAUGUCGUCUCAUGGAGAAGGAAAGACACUGAGGAAGAGUGGGAUAACAUAACCACAACCAGAACGAAGCACAUUAUUCAUAAUACAGACACUUAUGUCCCAUAUGAGAUUAAAAUACAGACUGUUAAUGAUUUUGGACAAAGCCCAGAGUCAAACAUAGUCAUUGGUUAUUCUGGGGAAGACAAACCAUCUGCUGCACCAACAGAACUCAGGGUGUCGAAGAUCAACAGCACCAAAGUAAAUGUUCAUUGGGUGCCUAUGGACCCUAGCACUGUGAACGGAGAGUUUAAAGAGUACAAGUUGUACUUCUGGCGGGAGGCCAGCCUCAUAAAGGGCCUGAAAGUGAACAAGACAAAGUUGCAUAAAGGUUUCUUCACCACUGCAGAACAUCCCUCUGGCAUCCUGACAGAGCUUUUUCCAUAUAGCAAAUACAAGAUGUACAUGGUGGUGGCUAAUAAUGAAUAUGAGGGACCACAAAGCAACACUGUGGAGUUCAGCACCAAGGAGGGAGAGCCAGGGGCCCCGAAGUACUUUAGGAUUCAAAGGCACACAGAUGUGGUUCACCUGAAGUGGGAAAAACCUCUUGAGCCAAAUGGUGUCCUGAUUGGAUACACACUACAAUACCAUACAGUGAACGGGACGCAGGUGGGAGAGAGGAAGGUCCAGAGUUUUCUACCCAACGUGACAGAGUACAGCGUGAAUUUGCCUAACCGCUUCACGCGGUUCAAGUUCUACCUUGCAGCUCGCACACAGGUCGGAGCAGGAGAAGUGUAUGCUGUGGAGUCACCGCAUUUCACUAAUGAAGGCACCCCAGAUACUGACUCCACAGUUGUAGCCGUUAACUUUACAGAUGGCUUGAUAUUUGAUACUCCUCCUCCUCCCCCUCCCCUCUCUACUGACCCAAUCCCAACAAUACUUACCCCAGAACCAGCCACACCUGCCCCUACAACUGCUGCUCCGCCCAAACCUACAACUACUACCACUUCUACUACAACUACAACUACAACUACCGCACCUACUACAACUACUACUAGCACCACUACAACAACUGCUUCCACUACGGUUCUUCCUGUUCGGCCCAUGCCUCCUAAAACAGUGGAUUGGAAAAUGCUGGCCCCGAAUGAAAAAAUCUGGAAUCUGACCGUGGAUGCUAACAAUGACUAUGCUAACGUCAGCUGGAAGCACAACUUCUCCAUUGACAGCAGCGAGUUUGUGCUAGAGUUCACACUGGACAGUAAUGGGUCGAUGAAAAGCAUAAAAGUAAACCACCAGCCUCCGAUUAAACUGGCUGGUCUGGUGGCCGGGGCCAAGUAUCGGUUGCGGGUGUAUUCCCAUGAGCAUAACUCCAUCAGCAGCGACUAUGUCACGUUCGAGACAGGCAGAGGUAGGAAAAAAAAGAAAGACAUUAAAAUAAAUGGCUGGUUCAUUGGGCUGAUGUGUGCCGUCGCUCUGUUGGUUCUGAUCCUGCUCAUUGUUUGUUUCAUCAAGAGGAGUCGUGGAGGUAAAUACCCAGUGAGAGAAAAGAAAGACCUCCCCUUAGAUUCUGUUGACCAUAAAGACCAAGAUGGUUCAUUUGACUAUCAGAACGAGAACAGGUCUCUUGAAAGAGAAAGCAGCGACGAAGACGACAAGCCAUUACAGGCAAGCCAGACGUCCCUGGACGGGAACGUAAAAGAGAGUGACGACAGUCUGGUGGAUUAUGGUGAAGGAGGAGAUGGCCAAUUCAACGAGGACGGCUCUUUCAUUGGCCAGUACACAGUUAAGAAGGACAAAGAGGAGACGGAAGGAAACGAGAGCUCAGAAGCCACGUCACCCGUUAAUGUCAUCUACUCUCUGGCAUAGUACCCUGACCGGAGCACAGCGAGCCAGGGGGAGCCACUACACGCAUAAAAAUACAUACAUAUAUAUAUAUGUAUAUACACACACAUACAGAGAGAAUUACAAGUAUUCACAUACAAUGCACUGGAGUGCAUGAUCCUUCUGAACAAGGGAUGGGGAAAGGCAGGU